ACCGCCCAAUUGCGGAAAACUUCAGACCGGUCGGAAUGGCGUCGCUUCGAGAAAGAGAUACAACCGUGUCGCAACGUCAGGGUAAUAUCCCGCUGGAAAAAGCGAUGGAGACAGACAAUCAACUGCGUUCCGAUGAUCCGCAAUUCGCGAAAGUACUGGAUACCUGUUUGAAGAUGGAAAUUGCGGCGGGCAAGAAAAAGCUCGAAGCUAAUUCAAUGAUGAUACAGAAGAUGAGGGUAAAGAUGCGCAACGAAAUCAGCAAGAGGAAGCAUCUCAAGGAGAAGGCGAUGCAGAUGCAGAGAGUAAGAGUGAAAUUGAGCGAGAGUCUAACAAGAUUGUAUAUAAGCAAGAGCGAAACAGUGGACACGUUGGAUGCUAUGAAGGCGAACGUCGACGAUCAGUAUAAACUGAUAGAACUGAGGGCGCAAGAAUAUCGAGACAUCAUCGCCGAGUACAAGAACUCGAGCGACGCUUAUCACGCUAUAUACGAGGAAUUUCCGCUGGCGAAGGCCAGAAAGGCCGCCAAGAUCAAGCUGAGGAAGCUUCAAAUCGCGCACAUGGUCAUGACUUACGAGAAAACGGAGAUAGUGACGAUUAUCAGGCAGAAGCGACGUAUCGAUUGGAUCCGUAUGCGCUGCAAGAUAAUUGAAUUUGGCCGCGUCGCGGUGCAACGAUUGAAAUUGGAAGAGAAGUUAACGAGGUUGAAGGUGAACGUGGAUUACCACAGACGGGAGUUACGGUCCAUCGAAAUCGAGAUGCAAGUACGACACAAGAAGCUGGAGGACCAGAAGAGAUUGCGCAAGCAGAAGAUGUUGGAAAUGGCACCGCCGAAGAUUAACAUACCGCUUCGGCGAAUGUACGCUCAAGCACAGACGCGCACAAAAGUUCAGCACCAAUGGAUGCAAGCUGUCGAUACUUUCGACGAUACCUCGUCCAUCAAUACCGUGGUCCUGGAGGAACUCUGCGUGAACGAGUGUAUCGAGGUAAUAGACGUGGAGUCGGUGCAGGACAAAGAUCCUAAGUGCGCCAUCGUCCAGACGGAAAGCUCUAAUCCGAAAAAUCCCAUUAUCGAAAGCACGGACCCACACAUCGCUUCGGUAGAGCCGAAUAUCGAGGCGAACGCGGCUGAAGAAGCGGCUUCAGCGGAGAAUGACGUAGAAAUGAUAGAGAUCUCUCAGGAGGAAACGCACCGGCCGCACAAGCCUGCGAAAACGCGGCCAAGUCCCCGUACAAAGGGGAACCCGCUCAAGCAUAGCGCUGCCGAGAGUACACAGGACGAAAUUGAAGUGAAAAGAAUGCGACUUCAAAGGGAGAACAGUGAGAGAAGUAGCAGCUAUAAGAUAAAUGUCGACCCUUCGAACGUUGUCCGCGAGGACAACGCGGAAUCGACAUCGCACAAGUCCACGACGUCGGCCCCGACGUCGGUCCCAAAAAUUAGAAAGAUAGAAACGGUGCACUACAACGUGGCCGUACUGCCGAAACCUGUUCCGAACGGCGCAGAAAGCAAUGUAUUCUCGUCGCCGCGUUACGAAUUCUGCGAAAGCAAUAUAGGCUUCUUCGACCAAGAUUUCACGAAAGGCGCCGCGUCAUUAUACGAUGGAUCCCUGUGCAAUUACCAAUUGUCUCCGGUGUCCAACAUGUCAUCUAUAUGCUUGGAGAAAGAAGCGCCGACUGCUCUGCCUAUAAAUCUUUUGCAGCAGAACGACAAAAAUCAGUCCAACGUAUUCGACUUUAAUAAUUACAUGAAGAAGGAGAAAAAUAACUAUACUCUGUUUUGAAGAAGGAAGAUGAACCAAGUCCAGUUUUCGUAAUCAAUGAUAAUAUACUACAACAUUUUCUUUAUAAUACUACGCAUCGAUUAAGUUACACAACAGAAUAUAUUAUUUCUAUUACGAUUAUACGAGUAAGACAGUAUUAAAAUUAUAUAAUAUAUAGUUGCGGAUAACUAGUAAACUCGUAAACUUUGGUUCGCAGAGUCACUCGAGACUGUAAGAUCAUCGCGUUAUUGCACGAGCGAGAAAGCAGAUCACAUUUACGCACUCGUGGAGCUAACAAUGUCGCCGGUAGUUCCGAAGUAAUUUCGGACUCUUGCGAGAGGUUAAAUGGUUAAUACGCGAUCCUAUAAGCAAGCGCAUCCGCGGCGCGCAUCAACUGCGACAACUUCGCGGCAUGUAUUAAAUAAAUGCCUGCUCACCGAGUCGCGAUUAUGUACUCGCUGCCGUGAGUUUCGGUCUCCUUUAUGCGCGCACCGAGAUUCGCAAUUUCGGCCGCCGCAAUUUCGCUCAAAGAGGGAGAGAGCGCUGAGAGAGAAAAAGAGGGAGGAAGAGAGAGAGAAAGAGCGAGUUAAAGCCGUUUACUUCCGCCGUGCGAGAAACAAGAACGGUGGAGGAGUUGUAAGAUAGAAAAGGUAGAAAGGAAGAGAGAUCUCUUGCUCUCUCCUCCGUGCACAAGGAUGAAGGAGAAGCGAAGCACUCAGCUUUAAUAAAAACAGGUCCGUUAAAAACCUACUUUUCACUCGGUUUGAGCGAGACAUUGUGACUUGUACGCAAUCGCGUCGUGAUUAUAAGCUAAUGGACGAUAAUAGCCCGCGGUGCUUUACGAGCUCUUUAAUUACUUGAGAAAUUCUUACUAGAUUUUCGUUCAUAACUUUUCCGCGAGGGAGUUUCGUUUUAUCUUAGUGGAACGUCAGAAGAUCAAGAGAGACGAAACGGACGAUGUGUUUCGCGUGCGGCAUUAUAUGUUUCUUUAGAUUAUUCGUGAUAUCAGUGGCUGAUUGUCGCAAAAAUUGCCUCGUGCCUGAAUAUUUGAGGAACGUUUCUCUCCGUGCCGCGCCCAAUUGAACAACGAAAGAAUAUACCGAGAGGCAAUUCCCAGAAGCGAAAUUGCCCGUUAGACUGACACGUUGUCAGUCUUUUUCCCUGGGGUAAUUGGUAGAAGAGGGAAGAAGAGAGAGGAGGGAGAAAGAGAAAAAGAGAGAAGGAAAUAUCAAGCACGCGAUAUGAGGGAUAACUUCUUAAUCCGCCUCUUUGCUCUCCUUCUCGGCUUUAAUCACAUCAGUCGGCGUAAUUGAUAUAAAUUAACCCGCGCUCGCUCGAGCGUUUCAUUUGCGUCGCAAGGAGGAAGAAUACGAAAGUUUGUUAUUACCUGUCGUAACUUUGGCGAGCCCAGUUUCCCACGAGAAACCGAGAAGCUCCUAGUCGAGAGAAAGAAACAGAGAGAGUGAGAGGGAGGGAGGGAG